CCCUCCACAUCAUGUGAUUCAGGUGUUCCAAUCCCCUCCACAUCAUGUGAUUCAGGUGUUUCAAUCCCCUCCAUAUCAUGUGAUUCAGGUGUUCCAAUCCCCUCCCAAUCAUGUGAUUCAGGUGUUCCAAUCCAAUCCCCUCCAUAUCAUGUGAUUCAGGUGUUCCAAUCCCCUCCCAUAUCAUGUGAUUCAGGUGUUCCAAUCCCCUCCCAUAUCAUGUGAUUCAGGUGUUCCAAUCCCCUCCCAAUCAUGUGAUUCAGGUGUUCCAAUCCCCUCCCAAUCAUGUGAUUCAGGUGUUCCAAUCCCCUCCCAAUCAUGUGAUUCAGGUGUUCCAAUCCCCUCCCAAUCAUGUGAUUCAGGUGUUCCAAUC